GUGCACAUCAUCUCUAUACGGCCAAUGUAUCUUCCAGAAAAGAAACAUAACACACGGACCGACAUGUGCACGCUAUUCUCUCUGUAUACUAAUAGAUACGUCACUUCAAGUAUUAAGUCCGAUAGACGCUCACAUCUAGAUACAUGAAUUGGAGAUUUUCGCCUCCUAGCUCAUACCCAGCUGAAACGCGUAAUCGACCGUAGUGACCAUUUUACUUUUUUCAACGAACAUACCGAAAUCAUAAACGCACCCCAAGUCUGCACAAUGUCCCUAGAAAAAGAUGAAGCUCCGGUCGAUCGACGCAGAUUUACUCGAUCCCCUGUUCCGCCGAAUAUCCACCAUGGAAGUCAGCCGGGUAUGUAUCUAAUUCUUCACUUUAUAGAUUCGCGGCACGACAGCAUAAGGCAUUUCUCUUUGGACGCCGAUGAGAUAAGGUCAUAGCAAGACACGUACUCCGGUUUUGCAAUUUUCCCUACCGCACUUAUCUUCCGCUGCCCAAAACAGAUCGUCCGCCGAGAACUAAGACGCAGAAACGAUCGACGGACAGUAUUCCCGUGACUUCUUCGAAUGCUCGUCGUUGCCGCGGCAACGCCUCCAACGCUUGUUCCUCGUCUGCACCAACCCAACAGAAACGGAGCAGGAAAUGCGCGUCUCAAACGGACCACUCCGACCGAAACGCAGUAAUCAUUACCAUGUCUAUUUAUCAACUAAGCUACUACAAGUAUAGUUUCUUACUAGUCUCACGAAUUCCCAUACUCAACGAAUUUAUUUUUAGUUCGUUCCCACACUAUCCAGAUAUUAACGAAUAGCAGCGACGAGGAGGAUCGGUUAUCACAUUCCCUGAUUGUACUUGGAAAAGAAGAAGAGAGACGCGCUACAGCAUCCAUGAUCAACGUCGCGGAAACCGUACCCACCGAGUCUUCGCUCACGGCGCAUCCAGUCGACGAACGGCGGACACCGACUCGACCACUAGGUGGCGCCACGUUAUUUUCCAGCUUAACAUGGGCGCAUCCAGAUGUUAACCAGCAUCGCCGAAAAUUCACCGCCCUCAAUCAGAUUCCGACAUUGGAUCUGGGACUUUUUCAACUGACCCACGCCGCGUUGCAACGGAAUGCUGAAAUGUUCCAAGAUGAUAUUUAUCACCACGACACUACGCGAGGACGCACCGAAUUUAUUGAGAAGAUAGUUUCUAUGAGCAACAUCCAGCAGCUGUACUAUCACCUCGACCGCGCUAUAUCAAUGCACAUAGAACAUCGCACAUCUACAAAACGUGGAGCAGAGACUAUAUCCAACUUUUUAGAAGACCCCGCCUACAGUCCACAAAUGUACGAGUGGCUAAUAGAUGCGGUGACCUCAUACCGGCACGGGCACUACAGCACUUUUGCAGAGCCAGAUGUAAGGUACAACCACCCCGAAGGACCCAUCCCUCGACUGUUGACCGCCGUUCCAAUAUCCCUGCAUUUUCCGGGGACACAGAACGCACUGCUGUCGAAUAAACUUCAAAGUCUCGCUAAUGUUCACGAUGAGCUGCAAAGCGGACAUGCCAGAGUAGCGUUUCUUCACAUGUUGGAUGGUGUCACAAACUGUUUCGAUAAAUGUCUCUUUCGAGAGCCG